AUUGUUUUGUGAUGAUGUCUUUCUGGAGGCAAUUGUACCGAGGUAGACGGAUGAAGCCAUUAGCUAAUGAUACAAAUAAGCUGUUGAAUUAUUUUUUCUUCUUGCAUCACAAGAAAUACUAUCUUAAACUCUGCAAAUGUGUGCCUAGUCAAUUCCUUAUUUCCUUAAUCGAGUUGCUAUCCCAUCUUGAUUAUCUGAUUCUCUGUAGUUUCGAAUUUUUCAAUAAUACCAUUCCAUUCCAUUCCCUUUUCCCGUUUUCUCAUUCUAUUUGAUCAUAUUUUUAUGUCUAAUUUUGAUAUCAGAUUAGGUUUGUUAGUAAACAAAGGAAAAAGGAAGAAAGAAGCUAUUUUGUUAGCACCUAUUAAACAUGGAGGGCCUAUGUAUUCUAUUUUGAUACGUCUAGGAUUUAUUUGUAACAUUUAAAAAGAAGCAAAGGGCUUAACAGCUAAGUUUUACUUCCAUUCCGCUCUAUAUCUCACUCUCCAGCCACCGACGCUUCCGGCGGGUUCGUUAGCGGCCACCGUCUUCCUCCCAUUGCUUGAUCUUCAACGAGUUUACUUCUGAAGAAACUAGUGGCUGCUAGUGAUUUGGGAGGAUUACUCUUCCGGGUCAGCUGUGCUCUGAAGCAUUAAGGGAUACUUAUAUAGAUGUCAAAUGAUGUGGAAAAUCCUAAAGAUGGAGAUGCCAGCAAGUCUUCGGAUGCUUCUUCACCAUCCCACAGUCUCCAAUCGACUUGGUACGAUGGCUUACUUCAGCAAGCAUCAGUUUAUGGAGUAGCUGUUGGAUACUGUCUAUCAGCAUCAUUACUCUCCAUCAUUAACAAGUGGGCCGUCAUGAAAUUUCCUUACCCAGGGGCACUAACUGCGUUGCAAUAUUUCACAAGUGCAGCUGGAGUCCUCAUAUGUGGGGGACUCAAGGUUAUAGAACAUGAUAAGCUUGAUCUUGUAACAAUGUGGCGGUUCCUGCCGGCCGCAAUUAUAUUUUACCUAUCUCUUUUUACAAACAGUGAGCUUCUCCUCCAUGCCAAUGUUGAUACUUUUAUUGUCUUCAGAUCAGCUGUCCCCAUCUUUGUUGCAAUAGGAGAGACCCUCUACUUGCACCAACCAUGGCCAGCACUUAAAACAUGGGCUUCACUGGGUACAAUCUUUGCUGGUAGCGUGCUUUAUGUCACUACUGAUUACCAGUUUACACUCACAGCUUAUAGCUGGGCAUUGGCUUACUUAGUGAGCAUGUCCAUUGAUUUUGUUUAUAUCAAGCAUGUAGUUAUGACAAUUGGCUUAAACACAUGGGGUCUCGUGCUAUACAACAAUCUUGAGGCUUUGAUGCUUUUUCCUAUCGAGUUGCUUAUAAUGGGCGAACUGAAGAAAAUAAAGCAUGAAAUUCAGGAUGAGUCAGAUUGGUAUGGUUUUCAAGUGGUGUUACCCGUAGCUCUGUCGUGUUUGUUUGGUUUAGCCAUCUCUUUCUUUGGAUUUUCUUGCCGUAGAGCAAUAUCUGCGACAGGCUUUACUGUUCUCGGCAUAGUUAACAAACUAUUGACUGUGGUGAUAAAUCUAGUUAUUUGGGAUAAACACUCGACUCUUGUUGGUACAGUGGGACUCUUGAUCUGCAUGUUUGGUGGUGUUAUGUACCAGCAAUCCACGAGCAGCAAGCCUAAGGCUACGAAAGAUGUAAAUCCACAAGCAGCUGAUGAGGAGCAACAUAAGCUUCUUGAAAUGCAAAGCAGCAUACAGAGCACUGAGAACGAGAAGCAAGCUACACAAUCGGAAGAUGAGAAACAAUAACAUAUUCUUGGGAAGAGUUCCCUUUUCAUUCUUGUAUGUCAAAGAUAUUGUUGAAAUUCAAUUAUACACUUGGUCGAAAACCCAGUGCUGUCUUAACUGCCAGAUUGGGUAUGUAGUCAGCUGCUAGUUACUUAGAAGCAACUUUCACGAGAUGAAGGAUAAUGGAUUGCUACAUUUUUAUUCACGGGUAUGAAGUCAGGUACCUGCAAUUUCACAAAAGUACAUGUUACGCUUAUCUUCUAUAGUUUUGAUUCGUAUUCAGCUCCCGUAUUUAGUAAGGUCUCUCCUCCCAAUUUGAAUAGUGGGUGGUGGUGGAGUAAUAUUUGUAUGAUGCAUUUGUUUUACACUGUGACAGACUAUUCCGAUAUGCUUUUCCACUACUGUACACAAACUAGUGACAUGUUUCAAAGGGGCCAAAAGAGCACUUUGGCUAACUACUAUGUGAGAUCUUGCUGACAUA